UCUUUGUCUUCCAGCCAGCCAUCUCUAGUUCUCUACCCUACCUAGAAUUAGUUUCGAGACAAGUCAUCGACAGAUUCGACAGUUCUCCUACUUCCGAAGCAAACUAAUUUCGGUCGUCAUCGGAAUAUCCCUAUUGAACGUAGUUUUUUCCUCUCUUUCUAAAAAUAUCUGUGAAGAUUAAAAGAAGGAGAAGAGGGAGAAAGAUAGUCGAAUGUUUUAAGAAAAUGGAGGAUCAAACUGCAAAAGGAGAAGAUUUCUUGAAUAAAGCUGAAAAAAAAAUUAAUGGCUGGGCUUUAUUCUCUUCUAAAUAUGAAGAUGCUGCUGAUUUGUAUGAAAAAUCUGCCAAUUCUUUCAAAAUCGCCAAAGCAUGGGAUAGAGCUGCAGAAGUAUACAUCAAAUUGGCUGGUUGUCAUCUGAAGUUGGAUAGCAAACAUGAAGCUGCUUCAGCAUAUGUUGAUGCUGCAAAUGCAUACAAAAAGAUUUCUCCAAAAGAUGCGGUAUCAUGCUUGGAGCAGGCAGUGAGUCAAUUCAUGGAAAUUGGAAGGUUUAACAUGGCUGCUAGGUAUUGCAAGGAAAUUGGAGAGUUAAGUGAGGCUCAACAAAACGUAGACCAAGCUAUUGCUUACUUUGAACGUGCAGCUGAUCUUUUCCAAAGCGAAGAAGUGAACACUUCAGCAAACCAGUGCAAGCUGAAAGUUGCAGAAUUUGCUGCCCAACAGGAACAGUAUCCAAAGGCAAUUGAGAUAUACGAAGAGAUAGCAAGACAGUCUCUCAACAAUAACCUUCUGAAGUACAGUGUCAAAGGAUACCUACUCAACGCUGGCCUUUGCCAACUUUGUAAAGACGAUGUUGUUGCUAUUACCAAUGCACUGGAGAAAUAUCAGGAUCUCGAUCCGACUUUUACAGGAACUCGGGAGUGCAAGCUUUUAACUGAUUUGGCUGCCGCAAUGGAUGAGGAAGAUAUUGGAAAAUUUACUGAUGCAGUGAAAGAAUUUGAUAGCAUGACCCGACUGGAUGCAUGGAAAACCACAAUGUUGCUGAGAGCAAAGGAAGCACUGAAGGCAAAAGAAGACGGGCCUGAUCCUGAUCUCACCUAAUUUAGGUUUUUCUUCCCAUCUUACGCACUAUUAUUGGGCUUGUAUCUAUUAAUGGUGCUGGAUGUUGCUGUAGUGGUGCCUCCCCAGCCACUUCUUUAUCGAAUUUAAUUAUAUCAUGUGUUUUCUCCUCUGAUGUAUGGGACAAUGGUCAACACGCUUAUCAGUGUGCAUAAAUUGUGUUUUGUUACAUUUCCUCUGAGCGCUUCAAUUAAAAUAUUAUCAAUAAAGGUCUCAAGAGCUUCGCAAUA